AUGUCUCGCACGCAUCACAUUUCUCAAACAACCGAAAGUAUUGAGAUAGGCAGAAUCGCUGCCAGAGAAUUGAGACAAAGUCUCCACAGAGGAGACAGCUGCGACGCAGCCUCCCACAACCCGGUAGUCAAGAUCAAGCUGUCAGGCCGCAACCUGACCGACGAGGGCUUCGAUAUCUUCAUCGAAGCCUUGCUCGAGACUCUCCAGAAGGAGAAAGAUGACAAGCACUCCGAAGGCGCUGUCCACCUCUUCGAGCUCCAGCUGAGCGGCAAUUGUCUGACCGUUAAGUCGUUGCCUAAGCUUGGGAUGGCGAUCAGGCUUAGUACCGGUGAUCUGAGCGUUCUUGAUCUGUCUCAGAACUGCAUCAAGGUUGAUACUGCUGGAUAG